CAACUUUGUGGGCGGACGUGACGUCACGAACGCUGGUACACUGCGAAGAUGGCGGCGUCCGUGCUGAGACUUGCUGGAUGUCUGGGACGAAGGGUGAUCGGCGGUGUGACAAGGGGAUCACAGCCUUUGUCCCGAUGUUGGUCUACACAAGCAGCAACACAAGCCGUAUUAAAUGUUCCUGAGACUAAAGUAACCACACUAAAUAAUGGACUCCGAGUUGCGUCUGAGGAUUCUGGACUGUCCACGUGUACUGUUGGUCUGUGGAUUGAUGCUGGCAGCAGGUAUGAAAACGAGCAGAAUAAUGGAACUGCACAUUUUUUAGAGCACAUGGCAUUUAAGGGAACAAAGAAGCGUUCCCAGCUAGACCUGGAGCUUGAAAUUGAAAACAUGGGUGCUCACUUGAAUGCAUAUACAUCACGGGAGCAGACCGUAUAUUAUGCAAAGGCUUUUUCUAAAGAUCUGCCUAGAGCUGUAGAGAUUCUAGCAGACAUCAUUCAAAACAGUACUCUGGGAGAAGCUGAGAUCGAACGAGAAAGAGGCGUUAUUCUGAGGGAGAUGCAAGAAGUGGAGACUAAUCUACAGGAAGUGGUCUUUGAUUAUCUUCAUGCUACUGCCUACCACAGUACAGCACUAGGAAGGACCAUCCUGGGGCCUACAGAAAACAUCAAGUCCAUAAACCGUAAUGAUUUGGUGGAGUACAUCACAACGCAUUAUAAAGGACCUAGAAUAGUCUUAGCUGCGGCUGGUGGUGUGUCACAUGAUCAGUUGCGUGAUUUGGCAGAGUAUCAUUUCGGGAAUUUGCCAUCAAUAUAUGAAGGGGAGACCCUGCCUUUAUGCUCUUUUACAGGCAGUGAGAUUCGUGUUCGUGAUGAUAAAAUGCCAUUAGCCCACAUUGCCAUUUCUGUUGAAGCCGUUGGUUGGUCUCAUCCUGACACUAUUCCGCUUAUGGUGGCCAACACAUUGAUAGGCAACUGGGAUCGGUCCUUUGGAGGUGGUGUGAAUUUAUCAAGUAAACUUGCUCAGAUCACCUGUCAGGGAAACUUGUGUCACAGCUUCCAGUCCUUCAAUACCUGUUACACUGAUACUGGCCUCUGGGGCCUGUACAUGGUUUGUGAACCCAACACAGUAGAAGACAUGAUGCAUUUUGUGCAAAGAGAAUGGAUAAGACUAUGCACAAGUGUUACAGAAAGUGAAGUUGCAAGAGCCAAGAAUCUGCUGAAAACCAACAUGUUGCUUCAGUUGGAUGGUUCCACCCCUAUCUGUGAGGAUAUAGGCAGGCAGAUGUUGUGUUAUAACCGAAGACUCCCAUUACCUGAACUGGAAGCAAGGAUCGAUCUGAUCGAUGCUCAGACAAUAAGACAAGUGUGCACCAAAUAUAUUUAUGAUAAGAGUCCAGCAAUCGCUGCUGUUGGUCCCAUCGGUCAACUCUCAGAUUAUGAACGAAUACGCAGUGGAAUGUAUUGGCUUAGACAGUGAUGAUGUCUACACUUCCACAGAUGUUUUAUAUUUUGAAAUUGAAUUAUUAAAACACUUAUUCUGUCAUUUAGACUUUUUUAGGUUUGCAAUAUGAGCCUUGUAGGACUCUAACCUAAGCAUAUAAUUGGUGGUUACAUGUUUUCAGUCUGUGUUAAAACUAAUGCACAAUGCAAGAAAAUCAAACCAUAUCUGUACAGUAAAAGAAACAAUGUUUAAUAUAACUUAUCCAACCAAA